UGUACACUGCGCCCAGUAAAAAUUCAAAUUGUGUUGUAGUGGACAAACAAAAUUCCAAACAAGUGACAGUGAGUUUUCGACAUUGUGAAGAGAAAAGAAGAAAAUAUUGAAAUAGACGCAUAAAAAUUGAAGUUUAUGAAGGUGAAAGAAAGCUUUUCGUGUUGAAUUCUAUCAACAUGGCUAACGCGGACAUGGAUAUGAGAGCCAACCUGACCGAUUUAUCUAAACUACCAGUCAAGGAGUUCGAGAAGCAUUUCCGUGACUGGAUGGAACGCGACGAUGUGGCGCGGUCAUUACAAGCAAAGUUGCGAACCGAUCUCAUAUCAAACUUCAACAAAACUGCAUUAGGACGUCAAAUUUUGGCACAAACUACAACAACUACCACCGGUGGUUCCGCGCAGCGUUUGACACUCUCGCCAUUGGUGUUGGCGCUCAACACGCUCGUUGCUGAAUUUCUCUAUGCACAAAACUGCCAUUUUUCCUUGUCAGUCUUCUGCACCGAGGUACCAUUUCGAAACACACUUCCGGAUUUUGAGAGCUCGCCGCAUUUCCGGUUCAGCGGCGAUGAAAUCAAAGAAAUUUUAGAAGCCAUAUUUAGUAAAACACCACAAGAGACUCCAUUUAAAAAUAGUAUUAUUAGAAAAUAUGAACACAAUAAAAAUAUUUCACUAUUGAUGGUGAUCCUCCGGUAUUUAUUGAGACAGAAGGAGGAGUACGCGAAAAGAAUUGCCUCUAUUAAACCUGGCACAGCAAAUGAAGGAACACAAACUGUCGAAGAUAACAAUACAACACAUGAACCGGAACGCCGACAGCAACCAAACGACUCAUUGAAAGCAAGUUGUGCGAAAAAUGAGAUACCGAGCACCAACGUAAGAUACCUCAACAAAUAUUUAGUGAUACUUUCCACCAAAGUAAAGGAAAUGUCUGAGCAACUAAACGACUUGCGAUAUAACCGCGGCAGCUUGCCGUCUACACGUCUUGCCAAAAGCGUGAGGACUCGUCGCUACGAGAAGUUAAACCACAGUUUAGAACGAGUAACGAGUCAACUGAAGCAUAUGACGCACACUAAACGCAAGAACAAGCAAGUGGGCGCAGUUGUCUCAGCAGUCGACGCGUUGGCAACACAGUUUACGAAAUGCGUCGAAAGUUUCAGAUCGGUUUCGAAGGAGCUGAUCGCCAGCAAUGAGAAACAAAGUCAAUUGCAGCAUAUAUUGCCAACGAAGCCAGUGCUUUCGCAAGCUGCAGUACAGGUAGACCUCUCCAACGGACGGUCGAACUGUGCGGAGCAUAAGAAGCCCACAGCGGAAAAAUCCUACACCGAUUGGGUGCAUGAGAUGCGACAUACGAGGAACGGACAGAAGUUUUUAGACAGAAUAGAAGUAUCACUAAAGAAAGCGCUAAAUAAGCAGCGCGAGCUGCUGCGAAAGGAAUCCGAUCAGAAACUACGACACCAAAAAGAAGUGCUUAAAAUACAAUACAAGGAAAAAUUAAUGGAGCACGUCUCUCGUCUUCCACAAUAUGACUAUUCCAAUGAAGCGCGAAUGCUUAACGAGAGUAUUGGACAGCAAUUGAAAGAGUUCGAGAGCCGACAUACGGAACUUCUGCAGAAAAUUCAGAAUGUACACAAGACUGAAGCCACUGACUUACCCACUGCCGCAGCAGAAAAAGAGGAUGCAGCGAAUGCUAAUGCACAAACCGAUAUGACAGAUGAAAUUGUGCGCAGAGUUGUCAGAGAAAUGGAACCCAAAAUCAAUCCCAGCGAUCCUCAGUGCUCUAACAAUAUACAUGAAAUUACUGUUUCUGACACCCGAACUCGAGAUCCCUUGUUAAAGGAUGUGGUGAAUACACAGAAGCAACUGCAGAAGAUGGCCCAAAGCAUUGCACAGCAAGAGCGAACUGUGGACCAAAUCGUUUACGAGGCUAAGAUGCGCAUUCAAGAGCUUGAGAAUGAAAGCAAUCAACUGGAAUUGAAUUUCCGGAAUUAUCUCGACCGACAGCGUCUGCAGGCCGAAACUAUGCGCGAAGUAGUGUCCAGCCUUUCCGAGAGCAAUAAAAAGGAUAUCCCAAAAAUUGCCGACAGCUAUCGCAAGACCUUAAAAGAUAUCCGAACAUCUUCCACGCUCCGAGCGGAAAACGAACGGCGGGAGGUGACAACCAAAAGCCGACAUAAAACGGUCGAAUCAAAAAAUUCGCUAAUAGAUUUAACUGAUCAAGAAAACAAAAAUCCGAAUUUUGAGUAUCGCAAUGCAAUUUUGGAGGCGAAAACAAAACUGUUUAAAGGUGAUCGACAGUAUGCUAAGAUGGGUAGUGACGAGGAAGAAUUCAAACCACUAGGUUUUGAGCCAUACUAUUACAAUCGGAAUUUCGGUACUAGCGAAUCCCAGAGUAAUUUGAUAUCGGGCAAUGCCCACUCAUUUCAAUGGAAUGAAAACGCUACAAGGUCAUCUGAGCCACGAACGGACGAUAGCAACUUCAACAGCAACACUAAUACAGUGAGUGCCAGAAGCAACGGAGCUCCUCUCCAUAGAGCUUAUGCUGUCCUUCCAAAUACUCCACAGGCAAGCAUACCAAAAAUGGACCAACUGACAAGUAAAGCAACUACCAGCGUGACUGCUGAAGCCUCAAAAACGUCUGCAGCGAAACCAAUGCAAACAGCGCCAGCGGCAACUAUGCCACCAGUAACUGCCAAAACUACCUCGGUAUCUACUGUUGUCACAGCUGCUGUUGCUGCGAAAAGAGCAGGCCGAUACACUAACGAGUGGACACCGGAUGGGUUUCUGCAACAUCUGGAAGCUGCUUCGCAAACAUAUAGCAAUCAAAGUGCGAGUGAUCACAGUAAAAAGGAGGAGGAGGCAUCGGACACAGUUAGUAGUACGCGUAGCGCCAAAAAGGGAGGGAGUCCAAGAGGUAAAGUUGAAGGUCGUGAUAAAAAGAUCGGUCAUGGUGAAACCACUGACUCUAUUAAUCCAGUGGAGGCCACAGUGAACUUGUUAGAAACUAUGGAGCGAAUGCAUCGGUUGUUCACCGAGACCCCAACAGGCGUAAAGCAGGACGAGUUGUCACAUUCACGUGCCGACUCAUUAGAAAAAGAGAAAAGUAAACCUAAACAAAAAAUCCAACAAAGUAACCAACAAAAGCAACAUGUAAUGAGUCCAAAAACUAGAAAAGGUGGCAAAACUUCAUCUGUGACCAACGAGUCCGCCAGCACGUUCCGUAAAUUCAAGCAGAAUAAAACGGAACGAAGAGAGCGCCGAACAAAAACCGCAAAAAGCGCAGAAACUCCGAACUCUAAUGGCAGCUUUGAGGAAGCUUUGAAUACAUUUGCCAGUUCUGAUGUGGAUGCACGGAAGAUGUCGGCGGAAAGAUCAGUACCAGCAACAAGGCCGCAGUACUAUAAUAUUACAAGUUCAGCGACGGCAAUCAACGUUCUGGCGCCAACAAUUUCUUCAACAACCUUCUCCAUAUGCGUAGAUGAUAACCUAAAAGAAGUGGUGAGCGAGUCAUCCAUCGAAAUCGCUAGCAUGGUCGAGGCAGUUGAUGAGGAGAUAGAGUUGGAAGAACUGGUUGCGGCGGUGGAAGAAGAGGAAGAGGUCGAAGAGGAGGUCGAUGAAGAGUACGAACCAAUGGGCACUGUUAAAGUGAGCUCGUUGCCAAUGCCCGCUAUCGAAGAGGUGUCACGUGUUAGUUCUUCCUCUAACAGUGCGGUGCACAUAUCCGAUUGCGGGGGCGGUGGCGGCGGUGCAGAACGCAGAAAGAAAAGUGAUAGUGGCAGCGAUUUCUGGGAGUAAAACUCCUCUAACGGAAGAGUGGAGUUGAGCUGCGGUGUGAGCAGAGAAAUAUAUCAAGCAGAAAAGUUUUCAAGCCGACAGUUGAUAACAAAACCUGAAUCAUCACUUAAGUUCGCUAAUUACCAAAUUUUAAUUGCUUGUUUUAAAACAAAUUUUCAUA